UUGGGUGGUGGCCGCUGCUGGGCUUCGGCUUCCCGUCGGCGGAGGGCGAGGCGGCGUGGACCGCGGCCCCGGCACCCCGCGCCCCGCCGCCCGCAGCCGCGCGCCCGUCCGCCCGCCGCGCCCCGAGCCCGCCGCUUCUCGCCUCAGCGCCCGGCCGCCGCCGCCGCGGCCCAGCGAGCGGCCCAGAUGCAGGCCAUCAAGUGUGUGGUGGUGGGAGACGGAGCUGUAGGUAAAACCUGCCUACUGAUCAGUUACACAACCAAUGCAUUUCCUGGAGAAUACAUCCCCACUGUCUUUGACAACUAUUCUGCCAAUGUUAUGGUAGAUGGAAAGCCGGUGAAUCUGGGCUUAUGGGAUACAGCUGGACAAGAAGAUUAUGACAGAUUACGUCCCCUCUCCUACCCGCAAACAGUUGGAGAAACGUAUGGUAAGGAUAUAACCUCCAGGGGCAAAGACAAGCCGAUUGCCGAUGUGUUCUUAAUUUGCUUUUCUCUUGUAAGUCCUGCAUCAUUUGAAAAUGUCCGUGCAAAGUGGUAUCCUGAAGUGCGACACCAUUGUCCCAACACUCCCAUCAUCCUGGUGGGGACUAAACUUGAUCUUAGGGAUGAUAAAGACACGAUUGAGAAACUGAAGGAGAAGAAGCUGACUCCCAUCACCUACCCACAGGGUUUAGCCAUGGCUAAGGAGAUUGGUGCUGUAAAAUACCUGGAGUGCUCGGCUCUCACACAGCGAGGCCUCAAGACAGUGUUUGAUGAAGCUAUCCGAGCGGUUCUCUGCCCACCUCCCGUCAAGAAGAGGAAGAGAAAAUGCCUGCUGCUGUAAACGUCUGGGCCCCUCUCCCGCCCUGUCCCCACCCCUGAGCCUUUGUACGCUUUGCUCAAAAAAAACGGUGGAGCCUUUGCACUCAAUGCCAAGUUUUUGUUACAGAUUAGUUUUUCCAUAAAACCAUUUUGAACCAAUCAGUAAUUUUUAGGUUUUGUUUGUUUCAAGUGUAAGAGUUCAAACUUGCACAUUCUAUUAAAAUUUAGCCCUAAAAUGACAAGCUUUCUUAAAGCCUUAUUUUUCAAAAGCCCCUAUUCUUGCUCAGAUUAAGAGUUGCCAAAAUACCUUGUGAAAGUUGCAUUGUUGUGCUGAGAACACUAAGCACUAAACUGUUUGAAGACCUUCGUCUUGAAGGAGACUGUAGCUUGUGAAGUUAGGAAAGCAGACCCUUUCUAACUAGUUUCAGAUGGGAGACAAAGCUCAGCCUCCUUCCUGAAAUGUUGCCAUUUAAUGUGUCGGUAAUUUAUCAACCCAUGUUCCUUACCUAACAUUGUACUGUAUCAUAAUGGAAUGAGGGUAACAACUCAACUCUUUGGAUCAAUCUUUUUGAUUUCGUAGUGAGAUUUAAAAAAAAAAAUUAGUAUGUUAGCUUUGCUGAGAUUUUGAACAGAACUCUGACUCCCGUGCUCCCUCAUGAAGUGUUCUGCCCUAGCCGUGGGUGCACUGGGGUGGUGUGUGUGGAACACUUGAUGUGAUCAAAGGAUGAAGACAGUAUUUUGACAAAAUAACGAAGUGGAGGUUAAUUUACACUACAUUGUACACGUAAUUAAACUGAAUAAAAGUGUCACGGGUAAAAAUUUUAAAAGGUUAAUUUCUGUCAAAUGCAGUAGAUGAUGAAGAAAGGUCGGUAUUAUCAGUAAGUGUUUUCUGAAGCUUUUCCUUUUUCUUAAACCUGCCAUCCCUCCUGAAAUCGGGCAUUUAAUUCAACUUUGAAGUGGUCAUUCCCAUAGUUGCUUAGUUAAGUGCUUUUCUUAUUGAACCCCUUCUUAAUGAGCAAUAUUCCUCCUUGUAUUAUAAAAUCUUUCUGAUAAUGCAUUAGAAACUUUUUUUGUAGAUUAGUAAAAGUGCAUUCCUGUUUUCAUUUUACUUUAUUCAAAGCUAAUAAAUGCUUUCCUUAGUUUUCUAGUAACUAGGUGUAAAAAUCAUGUGUUGCAGCUUUACAGUUUUUAAAAUAUUUUAGAUAUUCUUAAACUAUGAACCUUCUUAACAUCACUGUCUUGCCAGAGCACCAACACUGUACCUUGACUCAUACUGACCCUCCUCUUCGCCUCACCCACAUGGACACGCGCUUCCUGGUGUUGCUCUGCCUAACAAUGUUCCUUUGGGUCUGUGAGGUUCUGUAAACCCCAUGCUCGUGCUAACGAAGUUCUGUACAACUUACCCACUGGCAAGAAUACAAGGUUGGACCUCUCAACCACUAGAACAAAAUUUUUUAAAUUGACAGUCGCAGAAUUGUGAAGUGUUUUUACAUUGAUCUUUUGCUAAUGCAAUUAGCAGUAUGUUUUGCAUGUAUGACUUAAUAAAUCCUUGAAUCAUA